GCGGCGGCGAUGUCCGCGAGCCAGGCGGGAGCCGCGGCGGCAGCGGCGGGGCCUCGCGGACGGCACGGCGGCCUGGGCUUCGGCCUUCCUCCGGUUCCUAGGAAGCGGGCCGACGGCCAGCGCGGCAGCAGCAGCGGCAGAGACGGAGGCUCCGGCGCGUCUCUCUCCUCCCCUUGAGCCUGAGCCGGGGGAGGCCAGGCGGCCCGGGUGGCUGGAGAGGGGUCCGCUGCCCGAGAAUGGGAAUUCUCUUCACCAGGAUAUGGAGACUGUUCAAUCACCAGGAGCACAAAGUUAUCAUUGUUGGGCUGGAUAAUGCAGGAAAAACUACCAUCCUUUACCAGUUUUCUAUGAAUGAAGUUGUACAUACGUCCCCAACAAUAGGAAGUAAUGUAGAAGAGAUAGUGAUUAAUAAUACACGUUUUCUAAUGUGGGACAUUGGUGGCCAAGAAUCUCUUCGUUCUUCCUGGAACACUUAUUAUACUAACACAGAGUUUGUAAUAGUUGUUGUGGACAGUACAGACAGAGAAAGGAUUUCUGUAACUAGAGAAGAACUCUAUAAAAUGUUAGCCCAUGAGGACCUAAGGAAAGCUGGAUUGCUGAUUUUUGCUAACAAACAAGAUGUUAAAGGAUGCAUGACUGUAGCAGAAAUCUCCCAGUUUUUGAAACUAACUUCUAUUAAAGAUCACCAGUGGCACAUCCAGGCAUGUUGUGCUCUUACUGGCGAGGGGUUAUGCCAAGGACUUGAAUGGAUGAUGUCACGACUUAAGAUUAGAUGAUCUCUCCUGACCUCUUCUCAUAGACUUUGUGUAAAUGAAGUGCUGGACUUUACCUGAAAGCUGCAAAAAUUAAUGGUUUAGAUAUAUUUAUAAUAAACUGAUUUAAACAUUUAAACUUUUUCUAUAAGAAGAAAAAUUAAGACCACUUAUUUGAAAACACAGAUGAAGUUUCACCUUUCAAUCUGCUUUCUCAUUAGUUCCUUCCAAAGCAAGGUCUUAAAGCUGUGAUUGACAUUUUUCUCAUAAUGAAUCCUCUCAGGACACUGUGUAGCCUGUGGUAAGUACAAAGGGAGAGGAAGACAUUUUUAACUUUCAGAGCUUUAUUAUCAGUAUAACCCUCCCUUGUUGAAUGUCGUUCUCUUCCUGUUCCAUUAAGUCAAAAUACAAAUCAGCACAGAUACUCAGUUUCCAAUAUUUUAAAAUGUAAUUAUGAAAAGUAUUUUACAUAAGGUUGUGUAUGUAUUGUGUAUAUACCUCAAGUUCGAGUUAAUGGCUUUGAAUCAUGUUCUUAAAGAAAAGCAAAUAACACAGAAACUAAUAUCCUUAGUUACAGAUAUAACGGGAUGAGUACUGGCAUUGAUGGUGAGUGCCAUCUUGUACUUCCUCUGUGUUCUCUGUAUCAUACUAACCCACCCCCAAAUCAUUGAGCCGCUCUUUUAAAACAAAAGAAAGGACAGAGCUUCACAUUGUGUCCCUGAUUUUUUACUGAGCAAAUCACAUACAUGGAAAGCUGUAAUCCAGCUGAGUGGAGUGUCUGUCAUAUUCUUGACUUAGUAUUACUGGUGGACAGAAUAGCACACUGAGCAGUGAUCAGAUUGCUCCCUUUAUUGGCUAUCUAAAUUUACUGAGUGAAUUGUUAAUCCAUUAAUUGGCCAAUCAUUAAUUGUGAUUAAAAUUAUAAAGUGAUUUUUUUUCAGCAUUAAUUGGAAACUGUUGUGUGAUUUAUGUCUACCAAGAGAAGUAUCACGCCAUAAACAUUGUCAAAUAAUUUAGCUACAGUCUUCUUAGAUAACAAAUUAUAUGUCAAGCAUUUAAAGUGAAUUUGAGAUGAAAGGUGAAGCGUAUUUUCUAAGCAGUGAAGAUAAUUUGAAAAUUCCUGAUUUCUUAGGAGUUGAAGUAGGUUGAGGUUUUAUUUGUGUCUAAGUUUUCUUUUAUCAUCUUUAUACCAUGUGAAUGUAUUGUUUGACAGUUACAAAAUACGAAUUUUUUUUAAUGCUUUUAAGAAUUUGGUUUAAAAAUUGAUCAACGUAAUGUAUUUUAUUAAGAAGUAACUUAGCCCCCAAACUUUAUAUGUUUUCUUGGGUAUUUCUUUUUUCUCCACCUGAAAAUCUGAGAUAUUUCUGUUGUAACUGUAAGCAAACUUAUCCUAAAUGUGUUAAAACAUAUUCUUGGGUACUAUGUUGGUGUAUCUUUCAUGCCCUGAAAAUCUGAUGACUAGUGCAAAACUGGCGUGUUUUAGAAUAUUCAAGGGAAAAAAAUUACUUUUAAUCCCAGCCUUUUAAAUUUCAAAGAUUUUGAUGAGAAAUAGUACAUACUAUAAUUACUGACAAAACUCGGAAAGUUCCUUUCUAUAAAAUCUAAAAUACUCAUUAUAUAAAUCCAAGUCAGGCAUGGGAGAUCAGUGUUUAAAAUUAUAUUUUGUUUUAUAUUUAUAUUAUGUUCAAAAUGCAAAUAUAACACUUUAAUAUUUGUCAACUUCCUUUUAAAAAGUAAAUCCUAAAUUACUAACUUUAGUUGUUCAUAUAUCCUCACACUUUGAAAUCACUGUAAGGAAUUGCUUGUAUAUUAAAAACUCAGAUCUAUUUUGUAGAUGUUGCAGUGUCAUCAGAAACAAAUACUCUGUAAAGUAACCCAGCAAAUCCACACCUUUUAUCCUUUUUGCCUUUCAGUUUGAGUAAUUAUAAUUUAUUUCCUUGGAUUGCCGCCACAUCAGUUCAACUGUAUACCCGCACAGUCCGUCCCUUGUCUUCAAGGUGUUGGCCAAAAUUUAAUCUUAAUUGGAUGUUUAAAGUGCGUCUUACCUUGUCACAAUUGGUGUAGUGAUUGACAUGGCAUCAUCUAGAAUGCAUGUACUCUUAUACCACAUUGAUAAAACAUGCUUUUUUGGUUAUAUCCUACCCUCUAGGCCAAGCAUUAGAAAUAAGAUGGGUACCUUUAUUGUUGUUGUUUCAGUCACUAAGUUGUAUCUGACACUUUUGUGACCCCAUGUACUGUAGGGUACCUUUAUCCUUGUGCAUAAAACCAGAAUUACAGCAGAAAAAAUUUUUUAAUUUGUAAUGUGAAAAUACAUCAAAAUCAUUUUAACAGUAUUACUUCCAAAUAACAUGGAGCACCUCAUGAAUAGUCAUAUUGGCAAUUUAUAUGUAGUUUUUAAGUGGAAUUAAGCAAAGGGCAUUGUUUUUGGUUUUUUAAUAUACUACGUUUGGGUUAAACAAACAUCUUAUUUAGGGUUAUCAUGCUCAACUUUGGAAAGAACAAAGCUCCAUACCUCUGUUCAUGUGACUGGAUUUAAAUAUCCUAUGUUUGAUGCUAAUUUUGAGAAUCCUGUAACUUCUCUCAAUACCGUGAUAAAAGGAACCAUAUUGCUAAAUGCAUUUAAAUAUGUUUAAUUUUGUCAUGUAGCAUUUAGAAAGUAUAUCUUACACAUUCUGAUGAGGAUCCUUGUUUGAAAUUUUCCAGUUCUGUCUUCUUUGGCCCUCAUGGAUGGGCAAAGAAUACAUUGAAGGCUGGUGGUUUGGGGUGCAGAGGAAAGUGGGUAGGGAAUAUGACAUUUUGCCUUAAGAAUAAAAAAGUGCUUCACCUGCUGUCUGGCAUUUUUAAUGCAGGUAGUUAAAGUGAUUUUAGAAGCACGGCAUGGAAUAGAAAAGAGUUUCUGUUUUCUGGUCUUGAAGAAGUGCCUAGUAGGUAGUGACAGUGGGAUCAGAGAAGUGCAGGGCACCGAGCAAAGGCAGGAAGUCCCUGAGACAUUCUUGUCUCUCUUGUCUGAGUGUAUAGUACUAAGAUGCCUAGAAAUGGGAUUCUGCUGUCCCAUCUCUUAGGCACUUUACAUUUCUUGCUGUGACUACAGCAACUACAUACAGUACAGACAACCUCAAAUUUUGUCUAUAUUAGUGUAAAUAGAAAAACUGUAGACAACUUUCUGGUUUUCUCUGCAGGCCUUUUCGGGAAUUUAUCUGUCAUGUUCUACUUUGUAUAUAGGGGACAGCAGCACACCCCAGACUAUCAGUGCACUCUGGGGUUAUCUUCUCUCAAUUGCCCAGUUGUAUCCUGAAAUGAAUCCAUCUUUCAAGGCCGGGUUUUGCAUGACUUAACUUUGAACCCUGCCACUGUCCAAGUAUAAUCUGGAACUUCUUGCUUCAGGAUUGGCUUUCCCAUAGCUCAGCAUCCCCUGCACUCCUUUCCCCAUCAACGAAGAUAUGUUCUCUUGGUCCUGGAGAUAUUCUCAGCUUUACCUCUAUCCAUUAUUCUCCAAACUGCUAGCCUCUAAGUUGGUUCUCUGGUCCUGUGCUAUCCUCCACUGGCUUGAUUCAUUGAUUUGCACUUUGCUUAUUAGAGAGUAUUGUCAGAGUUGUUGAGUACAUCACAAACUGGCUUGCUGUGUGCACAGCACAUAAAUGCCUGCAGUCCUUUAAAUUAUACUGUAUUUAGCGUUUUAAUGCUUCUUAAUUUUAGCUUCUCACACUGAAAAGUAGAUUCAGAAAGAUAAGUACCUAGACUGCCAGCUCCUUGAGCUGCUAGUUAGAUGUGAAAGGGAUUAAGUUACACAUGUAUUCUCUUCCCAUUCCAAAAAUGAGGUAUAUGUUGAAUAAUGUCCAUACAAAGAGUAUGAAGAGAAAGACGACAAACCAAAUCAUAUAUGUAGUGCUUAACCUGAAGCCAUCCCCACAUCCUUAAAAUCAUAAACCACAUCCAUUUCUCCCCCUUACAUUUACUUAAAGAACAGAGGUAAAUAUUAACUGUCCAGAGGAAUUAGCAAUGAGACACUUAUCCUUACAAACUAAACCUGUUGAAAUGAACUUUAAAAAACAUCAGAAUUAUCAGCCAUCAUGUUAUGACACUGUAGAUGCAGAUUUAAUAUAGAAAAUAAUUUUUUUAAAGUUCUGCUUAUAUGAAAACAAUACUUCUAUAUCAUGCUCCCACAAAGAAUGUGUGGUAUUUAAGACCGGCGCGGUGGAGUAAAGGAAAGAGUUUUAAAACUUCGGAUGCUAAAGAGUGACUGCUUCUAUUAAACCCUAAAAUUGUGUAUGGAAUUAUGAAGAAAUUGUAAUAGGAUACAGUUGGGUUAAUUAUGCAAUAUAUCUUAUCAAUUGUCUAGCCCUUGUGUAUUGUUCUAAAAACUAAAGUUUGAAUCUUUAUGGUCUUGCCUGCUAGAUAUUAUGUUCUUUGGUAGAGAAUUCCCAUAGUCUGUACUCAACAAGUGCCUAAAAUCGAUUUGUGUUGAUUUUUAAGUCCAUCUAAUAAAUUAUAUGUGUUUUCUAUGGUA